ACGGCAACGGAUCCCUGUGCGUGCUGCGUGCGUGUGGGUGUGCUGCCCGCAAGACGGGAUCUUUCCUUUCCUGAUUCCAACACAUUGUUGUUUCAUCCAAUGAUGAUGCGCUAGUCGCUAAUCCGCACGAAUUAUCCGCAAGAAUAUCAGGGCUGGGGUUUCUCGGCGUUGGCGACGGGCGGAGCCACAGAAAUGGGGGCCGAGAACAGCGGCUAAUUUUAGCCAGCAGCGGGGAGGAAAAAGCCUGAGGCAGCCGCUCGCCCGCCUGCCUCCAAGAAACCGCGGCGAUCUGUCGCCUAUCCAAUCGCCGCUGAACUCUAAUUCGAUUUGGUUUUUCCUGGGCGGUGGGAGAGGAUGCAGUGGGUGGGCCUGAGCUCGCCGCCGGCGGCGCCGACGGCGGUAUGGAUGCGGCGCCGUCCAAGAACAACGAGAUGGCCGCAGAGCUCGUCCGCCGCACGGAGGGCGGUCGUGGCGGCCGCGUCCUCGUCCCCACCGUCAUCCGAUGCCAACUCGAGCUCCAACUCGCCGGGUAGUGACGAGGAGGCGGAGGAGGCCGCGGGGAAGGCGGAGGGUGACAAGACGGCGGCGGCCUUCUUGUUGAGGAGCCAGAAGUACGCUAUGCUCAAGCAGCAGCUCGCCGUAGCCGCCCAACUCGAGGAUUACAAGGAGGCGGCGAGGCUGAGGGACUCGUUGAGGUUGUUCGAGGAAGAAGAGCCCGUCCUCCGCCUCCGCCGCUCGCUGAAGAAGGCGGUCGAGGAGGAGAGGUUUGCGGAUGCUGCCAAGUACAGAGAUGAACUGAUGAUUUUGGCUCCGCACUCCCUCCUCAAAUGUUCUAGUGAUGCUACAACUCUGGGGAUAAGGGUUCAAGUCAGGAGUGUCUAUAUUGAAAGCCGGAGCCAACCCUUAAAGGGGAAGUUCUUUUUUGCCUACAGAAUCAGAAUUACAAAUAAUUCUCAGCGUGCUGUACAGCUUCUCAGACGACACUGGAUUGUCACUGAUGCGAAUGGAAGGACAGAGAAUGUUUGGGGUGUUGGUGUAGUGGGAGAGCAACCUGUGAUAUUCCCAAAGACGGGUUUUGAGUACUCAUCCGCAUGCCCACUAAACACUCCAAAUGGGAGAAUGGAAGGUGAUUUUGAGAUGAAGCACAUUGACAAGGUUGGAUCCUCGACAUUCAAUAUCGCUAUCGCACCAUUCUCUCUGUCAAUCCUCGGGGACGACAACGACGCUCCCCUCUGAAGGUGAUUGAGUAGCAGGGCGAGUUUGAAGAAAACGGCAAUGCCAGUAAGAGUUUGCACAAAUACACAAACACUUGUUAGCGAAGUAUUUAGAGCAUGGAACUUAGUCCAGACUGAUGUUAUAUCUACUAUAAAAAAAAGAGUCAAAUGUGAAUGGUGAAGGCAUUGGAAUGUAUGGAAAUUAACACGGAUCUUGUAAAUUUGUGGGCUAUGAGCGCUUACUGUAUCAAUUCCACUUUUGAAUGUACAGCAUAUAGAAAGCUUUGUUGAUUUGCGUGUUUA